AUGGACACCUCCGAUAACGCGUCCAGUAGAGACAUGUAUUCAAACGAUAAGAAAAAUACUAAAGUAGUUAGUGCGGAGAUCGAACUAGGUAGUUUCCAAGAUGUUGAAGUGUUCCCACAACAAAACAUCCCCACCGAUAAGGCAUUUCAAUUUCUCGCGGGCCGAGAAAUUGAAUACAGUGAGGAAGAAGGUAACCAGGUUUUACGCAAGAUUGACAGGAAUAUUUUGCCAAUACUGUUUUGGAUCUAUUGUAUUCAGUUCGCAGACAAGGUUUCUUUGAGCUACGCAGCCUUGAUGGGUAUUCGAGAAGAUACCAAUUUGGCGGCAAGCUCUCAACAAUACGCAUGGGUGUCGUCAAUAUUUUACGCAGGGUACAUUUUCUGGGAGUUUCCUACAACCUUUUUUCUUACAAAGUUUCCUAUCGGGAAAUACUUGAGUAUCAAUAUUUUUCUGUGGGGCGUGGUAUUGACUCUGACAUCGGUAGCUCAAAACUACGGAGGUCUGUUGGCCCUAAGAUGGUUCUUGGGUAUGUUUGAAUCUUCUGUAACCCCAGGCUUCGUUUUGAUCACUGCUAUGUGGUACAAGCGAUCCGAGCAGGCAAAACGCAUGGGGUUUUGGCUGGCUGCAAAUGGAUUGGCCACCCUAGUGACGUCACCCGUGGCAUAUGGCCUUUCGUAUGUGACCAAUGCUAGCAUUUCGGCCUGGAAGAUUCUCUUUCUAUUGUUCGGUCUGUUGACUAUUCUUACCGGGACAUUGUAUUUCUUCUUAUUGCCUGACAGUGCUUUGAAUGCGAGGUUCCUAACCGAGAGAGAGAAGGAGAUUGCAAUCGAGCGGAUCCGUGGUAACUUUCAAGGUAUUGGCUCCCAAAAGUGGAAAAUGUCACAAGUCUGGGAAGCAUUUCAGGACCCUCGAACUUAUUUGUAUGUUUUGUUUUCGCUCCUCAUGAACAUCCCAAAUGGCGGCGUUACGUCUUUCGGUAGCAUCAUUAUAAAGUCAUUUGGAUACAAGAACCAGCGGGCACUUUUACUAUCAAUGCCAGGUGGUGGGGUAGACAUUGCGUUCAAAUUAGCGAUGCCAUUCUUAUCAGAUUGGCUGAUGGAUAGAUCUUUCCCAGCCAUGAUCGCAAUCGCUUUCCCAAUGGUGGGGGGCAUAAUGAUGAGUACAAUUGACGUUUCUAACAAAGUGCCCCUAUUAAUUGGUUAUUACUUCAUUAGUGCUGCAGGUUCUUCGUGGGGUUUGGUGAUGUCCAUGAUUGCCUGUAACACGGUGGGUUCAACUAAGAAAUCAGUUGUUAACGGAUUACAAAUUUUGGCCUAUGCUGCAGGAAAUUGGAUUGGACCUCAGACUUUUAGGUCUUCACAAGCACCCGAGUACCCUACUGGUAAGCGGCUGGUAGCCAUAUUUUACGGUCUAGCGCUGUUGACUCUGCUUGCGAUAAGGCUAAUAAACAUUUACGAAAACCGCCGCAGAGAUAAGCUUGAAGCGGAGGGCAAGAUUCCAGAGUUUCCCGAAAAUGCGGAAUUUCUUGAUCUGACUGAUUUCCAGCAACUAAAAAUGAGAUACGUUUUAUAA